UAAUGAGUCAGAUCAGUCAAUGGAAGACGACAUGGAGCUAGCGGCAGAAAUGUCCCAUUUCCAUGACAAUGUGGAUUACAUGGAGGAGAAGCUUACUGCGCAGGCUCAGGCACGGGCCCAUGAACGCAGAAAGGGCAGCGCUAAGGGAUGGACCUCCACUUAUGGGGGCAAGUUCAGAACCCCUAAACAGACCCCCAAUAAGGACCUCGGCAAGAUGUUGAAAGUGAUCAAAUCUGAGAUGUUGGUAGAGCAAGACACUUCACAUGAUGACACAAUGCAAGACACGGACCUGGAGGAUGACAUCUUUGGUCUGAACAUCAAGGCAGAUGAGAUAUUUGACAUUGGUACGGGGGUGUUCUCAGAGAAGCUGAUUAAAGCGCUGACCUCGGCCGCUUUGGUUACCACGGUACUGGAGAAGGUUGCCCUUCUCACCAACACUCGCCUUACCCAGGAGGACGGCAGGUACAUGCUCUGUGGCAAACUGGAGGACCUGCUGGCAGCAAAACAGCUUGUCAUCAAGACAAUUGAAGGUUCUGAGUCAGAUGCUGAGCAGGAAAUGCCUUCGUCCCCAGAUAGAAAGUCGGGGAGGUCUGCAAAGAAGCCUAAAAACUCAACAGUGGAAGAAACCUCUAAAGCCACCCACAAAGGAAAGGAAAAAAGCAAGAAAGAAGCUGUUGUUGCGAAAAAAAGAACUCCUGGCAGGCCAAAGAAAAAGGCAGACAGCUUUCCAUACUCAGAAAUAGAAGAAAUUAUAGAAGCAUCUAAGAAAACGGAUAAAGGAAAGAAAGGACCCACUAGACCUCCCAAAAAACUACCACUUCCAAAAACACUGAAAUCGAAAGAGCCAAUCCAGGAAGCUGCUACGCCAACCACCCCAGGACGGUACGGCACAAGGGGAGUGAAGCGUGACUACCUGGAGAUGAGUAGGGGCGUGGUGGUGGUAAAACAGGAGGUGAUAAGUGAUGAUGAGCUGGGAGAAGGGUCUGAGGAAGACGAGGAAGAGGUGGAGGAGGAGAUGACACCUCGCAGGAGGAAAUCAGGGGCACAGGCUGGGGCCAAGAGAGGCAGACCUAGGAAGCAGGCAGUGGAAGAUGAAGAGGAGGAAGAGAGUGUUGAGAGUCUGGAUGACAGCGAACAGGAGGAGUUGGACCAGUUCUCUGACAACCAAGAUGAAGGCGGUGACGAGGACAGAGAUAUAGAAAAUGAGGAAUUACCUGUUGUAGAGAAUGUAACGUCUGAGAAAAGUAAUAGUGAUUCUACUGUCCCCAAGUAAAAUGAUCGAGGAGGAUGAAAAU